UUGGAAGGUCAGUUUUGUGGGUACCUUGCCCAAGAUAACAACACCUUUCCCUUCCUAAAGACAGGGCUCAGCUCCUUGAGCGGGGAAAAGAGAGUGCGCUGUCCCUCUGCAAGAGAGUGAAAAGAACUCGAGGAAAGUGUGAAGUGCUUCUUCGCUAAGCAGUCAUCGUCAUGGUUUACGGAUUCAAGAUGAUCACCUCGGGUACCUUGCUGACGCUGCUACUGGUAUCUCUGGCGUCGGUUACAAGGGCUUCUGUCAAGACCGAGACGCUGCCCUUUUGGGAAUGUUCUUCAGACGUGCCAGUGCCCACCUCAGUCACGCUGGAAUGCGAAAGCUUGGUCAAUGGCAUUUGUCUUUUGAGGAAGGGACAGACACACCAACUCAAGGCUGAGUUUACUCCAGGUGUCUCUACGUCAACCAAACUGCAAAGUUACGUCGCUUGGAAGAGGUGGGUCGAAAUGCCCAUACCCGGCCAGGACUCGGGUGCUUGCGACAACUUCGUUAAGUGCCCGCUGACCCAUGGUACCCGGUCGAUUUUCAAAUACCCUCUGGAAAUUCAGAACUUCUGGAUGAGGAGGAGGUAUCCCAUGGUCUGGAGACUGACCGACGACGCCACUCACAGGGACGUGUUUUGCUUCAUCAUCAGAAUACAGAUCAUUUAAGGAUUCACAUCAAAAUCUCCAGAUUGAAGUCCGUGUCCUUCCCCUCAGUCACUCCAGAAUCGUUCAAGCUUUAGAGGAUUUUUCACCUCCCACCGAGAGGCUUAACUCCUGAAGACUGACGGGAGGAUUUUGUAUAAAUAUGCAAUGUUAUUCUAUUCGUUUACCAAAGUAUAAUAUUCUGUAACCAAGUAUAGCUAUGGGUAAAAAGAUCUUUAAGGUAUCUCUUCCAAUGAAUGUGUGGACAUAACAUUUACGUGUACAGACGGCGGAUCAGUGAUCAAGCGAGCAUACAAAUAUACCGGAAUUCCUUGAAGAUUACCGAUGCAGUGUUAUGCGACAGAAAAAAUGAAUUCCUUCAAAAAAUGCAAAAAAAUAUUUAGUUACAACCAGAUGGAGAUUUAUGGACGACGGAUAACAUACAUUGGGGUCCAUGCGACAUUAUAUAAUAGUCUUUAUUUUUUUAUCAGGGCAGCUUAUAUAUCAUUAUAAAAACGCGCAUACCAAUAUAAUUAUAUCUAUACACAAAUACACCAAAUACACAGUGUGUACAUACCUACGUAUGUACACACUUCCCGUGCUGCCAUUCAGUAUAGACAUUACCUGAAUUAAUUCCUUUGUUAAUCGAGUUGAUUUUGUUUAAAAACAUGAAUCAAAUCUCUUUUGGAUUAUAGCAUUCGAAGCCAAUAUUAAAAGUUAUAAGCCUAAAUUGAUAUCGUAAUUAGUUAGUGUGUGUGUGAGUGCGUAUAUGGGUGUCUGCGUGUGUGUGUGAGAGAGAGAGAGAGAGAGAGAGAGAGAGAGAGAGAGAGAUAAUAAUAUGAAGCAAUAAGUUUUUAUUUUCAUCGGGCAUUAAUUAGCAGAAUUUCACGGCCAGUAAUGAUGUACCGCUAGUUGUCAGAACAAUGAAGAAAGUGAGAAAGGCGGUAGUGAUGAUGGUGCUAUAUAACUCUCCCAAACAUCUAGUACAGAUAAACGCAUGAAAUCUCUCGCAUUCUUAAGGCCAGAUAAGGCCGCGACUUCGUUCUUGGUCUUCAAGUCUAAUUCCUUAACAAUUCAGUAGCGAAGUGACCUUGCAUGAUAGGAUCUCUUUAACUGUAUAUAUUACUCUUUACAUUCACCUGAUCUGUGAGUUGAAAGGUAACCUUAUGCACAUUAGAUCUCAUCCUUGUAACCACAUAUUGAUACUCUAAGUGGUUGAAAAUAUAUGGUAAAAUUAUACAAAAUUAAAUGUAUGAAGUAUUUAGAAUGUGUAUGUUUCAGAAAAAACAGAGAAAUUUCUGUAGUAUAAUUUUUUUUUAAUAAACGCAAAAAU